UCAGCCAUCAAGGAUGCAAAACAGCGGUUUAGAUCUUCAAUCCAAAGCAUUCGGUUCGACGAUUUAAAAAGGAUUCCAAAGGAUCAAAAACUGGAGGAUACUGUCUUUGCUGCGUUCAUCUUUGAAGACUGUAUAUUAAGCACUGCCAGAAGGUGGCUGCACGCUACAAAUCCCGAAUUUAUUGAUGUCGAUAAAGAUCUGAGUAAGUGCAAAAUAGUCUUUCCUCUUUUUCUCGGAAAUGAGCUUCAUCAUGUACGUGUUCAGGCAAGCAAUACGUGUAUAUUAAGAGCCAGCAGCACUAUACUUUACAUCAGCCACAAAAUUCUGAUAUCUCUUUAUCGGAGGCAUGAACUGUGGCUUUCAAUUCCAUUAUCUGGGAAUGACUGCAUGCAAAAUCAUGAGUUGGGGGAAAUGCAACUGAAUAAAUUCUAGUCAUGCGGGUCAUUACCUGUACUGAGCACAUGCAGUUUUACUCUGAAGGCAAGUAAAAUAUAUGUUGGCGCUGUAGCAUUUGCAUCACAUAUUUUGCUUUUUUAUCAAUAUAGACUUUCGAGUUCGACGUAAUGUCCUUCAGAGAGGAGAUGACUUUCUGUUUAAUGGGAGCAAUCGGGGGAACUUUAUUAAGAUUCCCUCCGCUAAUCUGGAUCAAGGUAAAAACCCUUCCUUGGUUUUAGUCAAUUUAUUUCAAGACAAUUGCCCAUAAUUUCUUAGUCAACUCUUCAGAGGAAAUGGCUUCAUUCCGAGUUGCUAUACCAAAUCUGCAAUAUGCACCAGUGUGCAUUUAAUACAGUGAGUUCUUGUUUUUUUUUUUCCCUUUUUCUCUCCAUCUUUGUCCAAAUCGGUUUCAGUUUUGAAAUUUCUCAAGCCUCUUCCUUUUCUAUUCUUUCCUCUUUUUUGGGUGUCAUUACGAAUAAACUUUAUGCGUUUUGAAAAAUUUUGAGUAAUGCGCUUUUUCAUGAUUCAGCUGUCUGUAAUGACAUUGGUGCCCAGAGCAUUUAAAAGCCAUGGUCGAUUUUCAAAAAAUAACUACAUCUUUGGAAACCGAAAUCAAUAGAUUUCUCAUUUCUCUUUUAAACAGACUCCACAGUACUUGGGCUCGAAUACACUAACCUUUCUAAACUUUUAUCAAACCAUUCAGCUGACACUGAGAGAGACAACAAAACAAAGUAUGUAUAUUUUAUUUUGAUGACUGAAAUGGAGUGGAAAAAGAAGCGUUUAAUUAUUUUUUGAUCAUUCAAGCUGUUUUUUUUUUCAGGAUACUUGACAGUGUAAUUAUGGCCGCCGUAAUAGACCCUCCACCCAAGGUUCUACCGGAAAACGUCACACUGGUUUUUAAGAACAUGCAGGUAUAUACGCUACUCUUUCGUUAUGUUUACCUUUGUUUUAAUUGAAUUGGCGUUUUCUUGUUUGUUUGUGUUUUUGUUUGUUUCAUGAAAGGGAAACACCAAUAGUCCAUUCAUUCCUUAUUUGGGUGACUAUGUUGUCAUCUUUUCCCUCAGUUGAAACUAAGUUUUGAUGACUAGCCCAUAAUUUGAAAACUGCUCGAGACUUGACUAAUAAAUGAGCAUUACAUCCCAUAAGGCUUCCUGCAAUUUUUUUAAUUCGUCGCCUUGAAGCCACCACAGGAGGGGGGGAGGGGGGAAUAUCAGACACUGGCAGCCCUCCUCGAUUUUACAUCGAAGACUUGAGAAAUUCGAAUUAAAAGAUAAAUUUAAAAAGUUGGUUUUUGCUGAAUAACAAAUUUAGACCUCAAUUAUGGAGUGGUCCCAGACACCUCCAUGUUGAGAAUUACUUUUUAACUUGGAGGGUUACAUUGAUAUUCUAUAUCUAUGACGCCUUAACAGUCAGCUACUGGUAAGGCAUCACCGAGGCGGGCGCUGAAGCCUCGCUAUAUCACUCUUUGAAUCACAACACUUUAUUUUUUUUCCCAAUAGGUGAAUCGUAAAAAAAGAGCAUGUGUAUUUUGGAGCUUCUCUGAAGAAAAGUAAGCACCACAGUAACAUAAAUUUUAUAAACAGCAUCAAUUCUUCCACUUUUUCGUCUGAAAGGAAGCUAAAAGUAUCAGAAAUCACUUAAAAGCAAUUAGUAAAGUAAAUUGAACUCUUUUCAGGUGGAGGGGGGAGGGGUUUCCAAUCGAAUUAGUUAUUUUGACUCCUUUCUCCUUAUCUGAUUCUUUAUAAAGCUUUGGGAGUUGGUCAAGUGAAGGAUGUCAAACGGAGAUGAUCUCUGAUCACCAUACGGAAUGUGUUUGCAAUCAUCUAACCCACUUCGCUGUGUUCAUGGAAUUUACCGACAAUGCUGACGACGGGAAGGUGAAUAUUUUUUUCUAUUCUACAAAAAAAGUCAUACGGAUUUAAAAAAGGUACAUAGUGGCAUUAAAACUAUCGCAUUUAUGUUCAUUUAUUAAUAUAAACAUUUCCUUUGAUACAGCUAAAAUAAUAAUGACCUUUACAGUUUUUCAAUCAGGAUAAAACUCGUUCGUCAGGUGAGCAUGACAAAAUACUGACACUCCUCACUCGAGUAGGGAUGGCUUUAUCUCUCACUGGAGUCAUACUCACGAUUAUCAGCUAUCUUCAUCUCACGUAAGUACGCUAACUUAACGCUGAUAUCUUACUGAAUUGUGGGAAAUUAACUAUAAGGAAAAUAAGUCAUCAGAUCAGUUCUGGAUCGAUGUCAGCACAGACCGCUUGUAACUGAAAAAGAAAUCAAACGUUCUGAGAUGAUCUUUCUUAAAAAAUGAUAUCUCGACAAGGAGUGAAAAUAGCUUUAGACUAACGUUAGUGUAAAAUUGAAACUUUGGAGUCAGUAUUCUUUUAUCCAUUCUAUAUUUUCUAAAUAAUUCAUGUAAAAAACAUAAUUUGUCAGCGUAUUUAUUCAUUCAUUUGGUGGAUCAUUUGCAAUUGUCUUUUUGAUGGUUUCUUUUACAAUUCAUUGACCUUUGUUCUGUUUUUGCCUGACUGCUAAAUCAAUUUCAUUUAGUUGCUAUUUAUUGGCUUGUUUGUAGAGACAGAAAUUCACCUUUGUGUCACAUACGGGUUAGUCUGACUUCCUGCAUUGGAGCAGGACAUAUCAUCUUUUUCGCUGGAAUAAACUCCACUGGAAACCAGGUGACUCUUUGAACUCCUACUUUCGUGUUGCUCAUUUAAUAUUGCUGUUCUUGUGAUUGUUUGUUUUUUAACUUGGUCCAGCUUCUUUACGAUUUAAAGACUGACUAAUCUACCGAGUUAUUCCUUUUUCUUGUUUUUUGUUUGGUUUGUUUGUUUCUUUGUUUGUUUCUUUGUUUUUGUUUUCAUGUUUUCUAUGUUGUAGUUUUGUCUUGUUCUUUCUGUUUACUUUUGUUUUUGUUUCUUUCUGUUUUUUUCGGAUUAUUAUUUCGGGAAAUGUCAUUAGUCAUGAAAAUUAUUACAUUUUUACGGAUAAUCUAUUUCUUGCAGGCUGGUUGUGUAGCUGUGGCAGCUCUUAUGCAGUAUUUCCUGAUGGCCAGUUUUUGCUGGAUGCUUGUCGAAGGGAUUUAUAUCUACUUUUUUGUUGUAAAGGUUUACAACAUUACCGAUGAAAUGCAUCGCUAUCAUUACUUUUGCUGGGGUGAGGAGCAUUGUCAAGAAAUAGCAAAAAUGGGAUAGGACUUGAAGAAAUACUUGAGGAAAUGUCUCGAUUCUGAUUGGCCAAAACCGAACCGAACAGAAAGAUCUUAAAAUGACUUUAUUUUUUAAUUCUUUAAAUGAACACGCGUUUUUUUCGGAAAUCAUUGGAACGUCUUCAGAUGUACCUAAGUAAAUCGUAAAAUAUUUCUGGUGCUUAUUAGAACUAGUUAUAGUUGCAGAUAUAGUUGGCUAAUAUCACGCAGCUAUGGCUAAUUUGCAGUGUUUUAGUAAUUUCAUACCCAUAAUAAAAAGAUUUCAAGAGUUAACAACAAAAAAUCACAGUGAAAAUUUAUAUAAUCGCGUAACAACUUACCGUCAGUGGUUUAUUAAAACCAUUAACUUCUACAGUCAUCGGCAUUGGCUAACGUAAUAACACUAGAACGCGAAUAUUUUUGCUGUAAUGUCUUUCUUAAACUGGCAGCAUUUCAUCAUUACUUUCCUCAGGACUGCCUGCAAUCAUAGUUGCUGUAUCUCUGGUAAUCGCUGCAGGAAAUGAUGGAAUCAAAACUUUUGUCAAUGAUGAAAAGUAAGUUUGAAUAUCGACUGUAUAUAAAUUGGUGGAAGCCUGAAUUUAUGAACUUAAAAAAAAAAGGAAAAAAGCGGGGAAUGGCGAAGGUAAAGGAGAAAGAACCUUGGUGCCCUAUUGUGACCUUCCCUUUUCCCUAACUCUUCAAAUUUUUAAAUCAGGACACAAGGGAAUGCAAGGACUUAAAAACAGAAACUUGCAGCCUCAAUAACUGGCCUUUCCCCCUUCCCCCCCCCCCUCCCCCCACACACCCACCAGGCACCCCCUUAUUUCAAGUUAUGGAUCUCUCCGUGUAUUAGAGUAGGAGAGUGAGAGUUUGUAAACUAUUAUCCAAGAUGGCGUCUUUUCGUAAUUUUGCAAAUUAAUAUAAAGGCAACAUGCUGCAUAAAAAAUGGGUUUUGAUUCGACAUUCUGCCAAGAAAAGCCUUUAAAUGCUGCUGGUAAUGUAGAAAAAAUAUUUUAAAAGUCUGUUUGUGCCUUUUAUUUUUCUAAUUCUAAGCUGCUGGAUGUCCUCCUCUAACAAAGUCAUCUCGAUAUUUGUUUCCUUUAUUGGACUGAUCACAAUUGUAAGUGGCAACAGAUUGAAUUUCUUCAAUGGAUUUGAGUUUAGUCAUCUAGAGAUAUUUGUUUCAAAGUUGAUUACAACAGCAACCUGACAAUCAUUUCUGGGCUCUUUGAAUAGGAGUGAGUCUGAGUCUUUGAAAGUCGUCUUUAAAAAGUUAUAACAUAAGCUAGUGCAACAAACAUAUCCGAUAUUUCAUUUUUUUUUUCUCUUUUCGUAUUCUCCAUCUUCUUUUAUUUUCUAUUUUAAUCCCUGAAGAUUAACACGAUGAUCCUCGUGCGAGCUAUCAAGGAAGUUACAACAAUCCAACAGGUGAAGGAUAGCCCGACUGAGCAGAUCAGGUGGGAUGAUAAUAGUUACUUCUCCCGCCUCUUAAAUGCCUCCAUAAUGUCGAUCAACAAAAAAUCUCAUAUAAUAGCUUGUUACAAACUGAAAACUGUCCUGGACUGAUAGGCUAUGGAUGACACCCUGGCACAUAAAAUAUAAUGCGUUUUCGAUGGACGACCUUCAAACUGCUUCUGUCUCUCCCGACAUUAUAACACGGCUAUUCAUUGCCUUUAAUUUAAGCUAUGAGUUUUCAAUCUUUCCUCAGUGUAGCUUGAGGGAAAAAGAUUAAGAAUUCGGAUGAACGCUUGUGUUUUCAAAGUGACUAUUCCUUUGGUCUCUUCCAGGCUUGGUGUUCGUGCAUACGUGGUGUUUGCUCCAUUGCUGGGUGUCACCUGGCUAAUUGGCUUCCUUGUACCGUUACACAUCGCCUUCUCCUACAUUUUUGUAAUCCUUAAUUCCACUCAGGUAAAUUCAUCUAAAACCUUUAAAGUUUGUUGAAGCAUUUGGCUGCUCAUGGGUGGAUAUAAGAACAUACUUACAACGUAAUAAGCGUCAGAAAUACUGAAAAGCGUCUCCAUAUCAAAGGAUAAUUCAGAUUCACUUUUAGACGCCAGACCCGUGACCCUCCCUAAAGAAGCCGACUCGAGACCAUUUCAGUCUUCCUUUUGCACUUGUAUCUUUAUCUACAAAGACUUAGUUUUACUUAAUUAUGAUAUUGGAGUCACCAUAAACCGAUUGCAUCUGACGGAUAGAAUUGUACUCGGGAAAAUAAGCCUCAGCUGAGUAAACGAUUAUAGCUGAUAAGGAAAGGAGACCUUCGGCUGAGUUGUUCUAAAAGACACAACCCUACACUUACGACAAAAAAAAAAAGAAAGAAAAAAAGGAAAACAAUUAAAAAAAAGUGGAAGCUUCUUUCAUUUCUGCAGCUAUUUGCUUAUUUGUUUAUUUAUCAACCAAUAAAGUUUAUCUAUAUUUUGUUGUAGGGAUUCUUCAUUUUCUUCUUUCACUGCUUGGGAAAUAGUGAGGUAAAUAUAAAUUUUGAGUCUCCGUAAUUCUUAUAAAGAAAAGCUGGUUUCAUUUAAUGAGUGCCUGUUAUUUGACUUUGAAUUCCUAUCUAGAUAAGGGGACGUUUCAAACGAAGAGUCCAAAAAAUCCACCCGAGUGCAUUUAAUCAAAGGCAAGGUGACAAUAGAGGAAACUCUCAAGCUCGUCAAAAUCACAAUGACACUGGGAUUCCUGUGCGGGAUCGAGAGUAA